AUGUACCGAGCUGAAAUACACACCACAGAAAGCGGGUCUGCUGUCCGCAUCGUCAACACAAAAACAGCAGAGUAUGUUCUAGUCGGAGGGUUUGAGGGGAUCCAGCGCUAUGCCGCAAGAAAUAAGAUAAAAUGGAGCAAAAUGGCAGUUAUAUGCCUCUGCAGCCGGUUUGAAGCAGUGCCAGCUAUUUCUGCAGUGCUGACCCAUGGGAUCCAGAACAGCCAGCGCACAACAACUUAUGUGUGCAGUGAAAAUACGCUGAAUACAGUGGGAAAGAUCGGAAUAAGCAUAGGAAACCUGGAGUUCUUUGAUAGAUACAGUCCAAGCAGCAAACAGUUCCCUCGCAUAUCGAUCCAGGAGAUAGAAAACAUCUCGUAUUUGAUGGUUCCUCUGCCCGAGAAAGCAGGAGGAUUUGACAUCAAAAAGGCAAAUGAUCACAACAUAGUGGAAAAGAGAGAUAUCAUACAGCUCAAUAAGACAGGGCAGGUGACAGUGGGAAAUAUCACACACUUUCUUGAACACUUCAAAAAGCCCACCAUUCAUUACCCAAGCAUACUUGUUCUUACACUCCUAUCUCCCGACUAUGUCAUAGAUAUACCAACUAUCACAAAUGCUCUGGCGUCCUCGGGACUGGAGAUAUUUGUAAGAGCGGGACCGGGAGUGUUCAAAAACAAAAAAGAAGAGCACAAAGCCCUGGGGCUUACAACAAAACUAGUUCAAGAAAUAGUGAGCAUCCACAAAAAAAGCUCUGUAAAUACUGGAGAAAGUGCGCAGAUGCAGUGCGAGGUCUAUACGAUGUUCAGCACAGAGCGGGAGACAGAAAGUGUUAAAACUUUUUACGAUAAAAUGUGCUCUGUUUAUAAGCCAAUUGUUAGACCUCUUAUCUAUCAGCCAAAAUACACUAAGUAUUUCCGAAAUAGUAGAGUGCUGACAGAUGGGUCUGCUGUAGAAUAUACUGAAAACAGAAAAGAAAUUGCAUGUGAGUGGCUGCGAAGUAAAAAAGAACCUCAAAGGAGUCUGAGCAUGUCUAAAUCAGACGCCUUCCAAUCAGAUAAUAUAAAUGCAAGAUCUGUCUCUGCUAAUGAAAGCAUCUCUACAGAUAAACCGUAUACAGUGUUUCUUGGAACAGCUGCUGCAGUGCCUGGUGUGUUCAGAAACGUUUCUUCUGUUCUAAUGACCUCCUCUCGGGGCAGUGUUCUACUAGACUGUGGAGAGGAUACGCACACCCAGCUGAACAAAAUAAGUAAGAGCUAUUCGUACAACUACAGGAGUCUUUCGAUGAUCCUUCUCACACACAGACAUGCUGACCACAUCCUUGGAGCAUUCUCUGUUCUGAAAAAAUGCUGCAUGAUGGGAAAUAGAACAGCUUUGGUCUUUGGAAAUAGGUGCAUGGUCUCUGCACUCGAGCACUUUGGAAUAUCCUGCAUAUUCAUCCAAAAUAGCAGAGAUCUAGUGGUUAAAAGAUAUAGAUCUAAUGGCAAAGAGUAUAUCAAAGUAGAAGAGAACAAGGAAGAGAUUACUAUAUGCAUUACUGAAAAUAUGUACAGUAACAGCAAAUUAAAAAUAGAUCCAUUGAACUACGUAUCUUCAGAUAGCACCAAAAAGAGCGUAGUAAAAGUUAGUGUGUCUUCAUUGAACACAUCAGUAGUAGAGUUUGUGAACCUAAAGGCAGUUUGUGCACCAGAUCUCUCUAUGCCUGCUGCACAUAGCAUUAUAUACGAGGUGAGCAUGUGCACUGCUCUGCACAUACACGAGAGCUACAGUGUCAAAGUGCAGGAGUAUCUAUCUAGCAAUGAUCCAUACACUGUGGUGUAUUCUGGUGACACUCUUCCAAAUAAACUGUUUGCACAGCUGGGCCAUCAGGCAGAUCUGAUGAUACACGAGGGAACAUUCGAGCACGAGGAUCUCAGCUAUGCCAGGGCCACAAAUCACUCAACUAUCCAUGAAGCUCUGCAGAUUUUCAAAGAGUCUUUGGCAAGCACUUUAUUUAUUACACACUUCAGCCAGAGGUACAAAACAGUUACCAUUCCUCCAGAGGCAUAUCUGGCAAUGGACUACAUGGUGCACUCUUCGAACGAUCUGCACUCGCAACUAGACCUUCACAGAGCUCUACAGGAGUGGGCAAAUGCUAAUAACGAGCCAUCAUUGGAGGAUUGA